AUGCGCGCUACACAACCGGCACAAGUGACACAACCGGCACAAGUGACACAACCGGCACAAGUGACACAACCGGCACGAGUGACACAACCGGCACGAGUGACACAACCGGCACAAAUAACACUACCAUCACCACUAUGGGUGUCUACUGGAAGCAUGACAACUCCACGUCAAUUACCCACUUUAACCCUUCUCAACUCCAACAAAGUUAUUGUCACGGGUGGUUACACUGGUGGUUCUAACAAUGGAUUCACUGCUACUUGUGAAAUAUUUGAUCAAUCAACGGGCCAAUGGAGCCCUACUGCAAGCAUGGCUAGGGCUGUAGCCGUUCACGUUGGUCAAUGGAGCCCUACUGCAAGCAUGGCCACAACACGUGCUCAACAUACUGCAACCCUGUUCAAUUCGGGCAAAGUUAUUGUCGCUGGUGGUAGAGUAACUGGCUAUGAUUUGGUUGGUAGUUCUGAAAUAUAUGAUCCGUUAACGAGUCAAUGGAGCCCUACUGCAAGCAUGAUCACACCACGUUAUCUAUAUGCUGCAACCCUGCUCAAUACUGGCGAUGUUCUUGCCGCUGGUGGUCAAACUGCGUCUGGUGUUACUGCUAAUUGUGAAAUAUACUAUCCAUGA